AUGACGGAGCAGCUGGUCCACCUGAAGGAGCAGCUGCUCCAUCUGAAGGAGCAGCUGGUCCACCUGAAGGAGCAGCUGGUCCACCUGAAGGAGCAGCUGGUCCACCUGAAGGAGCAGCUGGUCCACCUGAAGGACCUGAAGGAGCAGCUGGUCCACCUGAAGGAGCAGCUGGUCCACCUGAAGGAGCAGCUGGUCCACCUGAAGGAGCAGCUGGUCCACCUGAAGGACCUGAAGGAGCAGCUGGUCCAUCUGAAGGAGCAGCUGGUCCACCUGAAGGAGCAGCUGGUCCACCUGAAGGAGCAGCUGGUCCACCUGAAGGAGCAGCUGGUCCAUCUGAAGGAGCAGCUGGUCCAUCUGAAGGAGCAGCUGGUCCACCUGAAGGACCUGAAGGAGCAGCUGGUCCACCUGAAGGAGCAGCUGGUCCACCUGAAGGAGCAGCUGGUCCACCUGAAGGAGCAGCUGGUCCACCUGAAGGACCUGAAGGAGCAGCUGGUCCAUCUGAAGGAGCAGCUGGUCCACCUGAAGGAGCAGCUGGUCCACCUGAAGGAGCAGCUGGUCCACCUGAAGGAGCAGCUGGUCCACCUGAAGGAGCAGCUGGUCCACCUGAAGGAGCAGCUGGUCCACCUGAAGGACCUGAAGGAGCAGCUGGUCCACCUGAAGGAGCAGCUGGUCCACCUGAAGGAGCAGCUGGUCCACCUGAAGGAGCAGCUGGUCCACCUGAAGGACCUGAAGGAGCAGCUGGUCCAUCUGAAGGAGCAGCUGGUCCAUCUGAAGGAGCAGCUGGUCCACCUGAAGGAGCAGCUGGUCCACCUGAAGGAGCAGCUGGUCCAUCUGAAGGAGCAGCUGGUCCAUCUGAAGGAGCAGCUGGUCCACCUGAAGGACCUGAAGGAGCAGCUGGUCCAUCUGAAGGAGCAGCUGGUCCAUCUGAAGGAGCAGCUGGUCCACCUGAAGGAGCAGCUGGUCCACCUGAAGGAGCAGCUGGUCCACCUGAAGGACCUGAAGGAGCAGCUGGUCCAUCUGAAGGAGCAGCUGGUCCACCUGAAGGACCUGAAGGAGCAGCUGGUCCAUCUGAAGGAGCAGCUGGUCCACCUGAAGGACCUGAAGGAGCAGCUGGUCCAUCUGAAGGAGCAGCUGGUCCACCUGAAGGACCUGAAGGAGCAGCUGGUCCAUCUGAAGGAGCAGCUGGUCCACCUGAAGGACCUGAAGGAGCAGCUGGUCCACCUGAAGGAGCAGCUGGUCCACCUGAAGGAGCAGCUGGUCCAUCUGAAGGAGCAGCUGGUCCAUCUGAUGGAGCGGGAGCUCCAGCCCUCUGUGUGUGACCCUCAGCCUCCCAGUAGGUCCAGUCCUGUUGCUCUGACAGGAAACCAGUUCAGAUCCAGGGUUUUUCCCAUCAAUUGA